ACCGGGCCAACAUCAUGUGAAUCCAAUUUUAAGGCCACUAACCAAAUAAAAUCUCUUCAAAAAUUUAAACAUUUAGAUGAUACAGGAAUAUUUGGAAGUACAUGUCGGCAUGGAAUUCCCUUAAAAUUUUUAAAUUUGCGUAAUAUGGGUGAAAGAUAUGUUCUAGCAGAAUGUUUAAUUGAUCAUUUUCAACAGCAAUUUUCAAAAUCAAAUCAGAAAUUUAUAUUUUUAUAUGAUAUUGCUUGUUUUCUUGAUGCUCAUAUUGCCAAUCCAAACAAUAUCCUUUACCCUUAUCUUGAAAGAUUUACAUGGGCAGUUUCUAUAUUUCAUGCAUAUGCCCAUACAUCAAAAUGCCAACAAAAAUACCAUCCAAGGGUAAUUAAAUCAGUAGGUCUUACUGAUGGUGAAUCACUGGAGAGAUUGUGGUCUUACCUUGGUAAAUUUGCCAAAACUACUAAAUAUAUGAAAUUUGGUCAUAGAUUGGAUAUUAUAGGAACAGCACUUGAAUUUCAUUAUCAAAAAUCUGUAGAAAAAUUAGCAAAUAAUCUGUUCAAGAGAUACAAAAAUGCAAAAAAAGUAGAACAUGAAUCAUUAGAAAAAUUAAGUCUUCUAAAUCAACAACAUAAUAUAGAUUUCAAGUUAAUUGAAGAAACAAUAGAAAAACAAAAGACUUCUGAAUAUGCAUUUAAGCAUCAUUUAGAAGGAGAACAUGCAUACUUUGAAUUAUUAAUGGAAUUAAGAAGUAUUAACAUUGAAACUACAAAGAUUAAUAAUAUAAAGAAGAAAGAACUUUUAAGAAAAAAACAUGAUAAUAUACUUAAAAAAAUUGAAAAUUAUGAAAUAUCAUUAAGUAUACCUAAAACACAUCGGUGGGAUCCUAUGGAUUCAAAAUAUAGUGCAUAUCUUGAAUUUUAUUGUAUUAAUCAACUAUCUAAAUUUAUUGAUGGAUUGAGAAAAGAAAGAAAUGAAUAUUUAUUCAAUUCAUCUUAUUUAUAUAAUGAAUUUCACAAAGGUCAAAAGUUAGCAUCAAAAAUUAAAAAUUUGAAUGCUAAUGCAUUAACCAAUAUAAAUAAGACAAUUGAAAAUUAUAAUCAAACAAGAGAAUUUUUAUCGUCUACACAAAAGAAAAAAUAUCUAACAGCAUCAAUCAAGAAUGUUUUAGAUAAUCAAUCUAAUUUUUGGAUAUCACUAGAUAUUAUUUUAGAUGAAAAUUGCAAUAUACCACGAAUUAUUAUGUACAAUGCAAUACAAAAUUUCAAUAACCUUAAUAGAAGUAAAGAAGAGCAAGAACUUGUCAAAUCUGAAAUUACAAGACUUGUUAUUUUUUGGUUAGAACAAAAGGAACUCAUUGAAAAAGCUAUUAAAUUUCAGGAAAAAAAGGAUGGAAUAUAUUGCAAUUUAAUGAAAGAGUUAGAUAAGAUAUCAUUAAAUUUAGAAAUAGCUAAAAAUAUGAAAAAUAAGAUUUUUGGAGACGAUGAUAAUAAUCAAAAUAUUAUUUAUGAUGAGGAUUUUAACUUUAUUGAGGAAGAUGAAGAAGAAAGAUAUGAAGAAGAGAAUGAGGAAGUAGAGGAUAAGGAAGAAGAAAAUGAAGAAGAGGAGAGUGAAGAAGAGGAGAGUGAAGAAAAAGAAAAUAAAGAAGAGGAAAAUGAAGAUUAA